AUGCCGUCCGAAGUCGCUACAACAGCUUUCCGAUACAGCUUCACCGAUGACUACAGCGAGGGAGCCCAUCCGGCGUUGCUCAAGGCGUUGAUAGCCAGCAACGAGUCUCAAGAGACAGGAUACGGCCGCGACACAUACUGCGACCUCGCGCGACAAAGGAUCCGCUUUCAUCUUGGUCGUGACGAUGUUGGAGUCUUUUUCGUACCAAGCGGAACGUCAGCUAAUGCCAUCUCCAUCGCCGCGUGCCUGCGACCGCACGAAGCUGUUAUAGCUGCAAGUUCAGGACACAUCGUCACGAGAGAGACGGGUGCGGUCGAGGCCAGCGGGCACAAGAUCAUCAACGUCGAGCCGCGCAACGGAAAGUUGACGCCCGAGUCGAUCGAACGAGCCCUCGAAGAUAACUGGCACUUUCCCCACAUGGCCAAGCCCCGACUUGUAUACAUCUCCAAUGCCACCGAGUUUGGGACGAUAUAUACCAGGAGGGAGCUUGCUGCCAUCAAGUUGGUCUGCGAGGAGCGUGGGCUCAUCUUGUUCCUCGAUGGUGCACGCAUUGGGGCUGCCCUUACAUCUAAAAGCAACGAUAUGACACUACAGGAUGUUAUGGAGUUGACGGACAUCUUUUGGAUCGGAGGUACCAAGAAUGGUGCGCUUCUCGGUGAAGCUGUGGUGGUUAAAGAUGCUCAACUGGCAACCGACUUUGAGUUCUACGUCAAGCAACAUGGCUCUCUACUCGCCAAGGGUCGCAUAAUCGGUGCGCAGUUUGCCGAGCUAUUCAAGGAGAACCUGUACUUUGAUCUCGCACGGGGAGCGAACCUGGCAGCCGAGAGACUUUCCAGGGGCAUCUCCAAAGCGGGAUACUCGGUGCACGCUGUGACGGAGACCAACCAGGUGUUUGCGGUGCUUCCUCUUGGCCUGAUCAAGAUGCUGCAGAAGCACUUUACUUUUUACGUGUGGGAGAAAUGGGGAGAUGAUGAGGCUAUUAUUCGGCUGUUGACGACGUGGGCGACGGACUCGACACAGGUGGAGAUAUUCGUUGGGCUUGUGAAUGACUGGGCAAAAUGA